AUGGCCUGUGUUCUCCUCUUCAGGCUUUUGUUACUUUGGGGCCUGGCAACCUUUGCCCAAGGCAAGCGCCUGGGCCCCACAUCUCCCCUCCGCUAUUCCAGGUUCCUGGAUCCUUCCCAUUCUGUUUUUCUGAGCUGGGACUUUGAUUAUGAGACUGAGAUCAUCACAUUUGAGCUCCAAGUUCAAACAACUGGCUGGGUUGGCCUGGGCAUCACAAAUCGCUACACCUUUGUAGGAAGUGAUCUGGUAGUUGGGGGAGUCCUUCCUGAUGGCAAUGUCUACUUCUCGGAUCAGCACCUUCUGGAUGAAGAUACUCUAGAACAGGAUGGGAGCCAGGAUGCUGAACUACUAAAGCUCAUAGAAGAUUCUGUCUCUACCACCAUGCGCUUUUCCAGGCCCUUCAGAUCCUGUGACCCACACGACCAUGACAUUACGAGUGACACCAUGAGGGUCCUGGCUGCCUAUGGCCUAGAUGACAUACCGAAGAUGAAUCGGGAACGUACUUUUGUCAAGUCAAUCUUCUUGCUACAAAUGCUACAAUACGGUGAUGAAGAUGUCCCUGAGGAUACCAUUAUCUAUGAUUUGAAGAUCAGUAAUUUCCUCAUUCCAGAGGAUGACACCACAUAUGCCUGCACCUUUCUCCCGCUCCCUAUUGUCAGCAAGAAGCAUCACAUCUACAAGUUUGAGCCCAUGCUGGUGGAACGCAAUGAGACAAUGGUGCAUCACAUCCUUGUAUAUGCAUGUGGCAAUGCUAGUGUGCUCCCUGCAGGCAUUGGUGAAUGCUACGGGUCAGAUCCUGCCUUCUCCCUCUGUUCCCAUGUCAUCGCCGGAUGGGCUGUUGGGGGCCUUAGUUAUCAGUUUCCAGAUGAUGUAGGCAUCUCUAUUGGAACCCCCUUGGACCCUCAGUGGAUUCGACUGGAGGUUCACUACAGCAAUUUCCAGAACCUUCCUGGUAUAUAUGACACCUCGGGGAUACGGUUGUACUACACCUCACACCUUCGCAAAUAUGACAUGGGAGUCCUCCAGCUGGGCAUCUCGGUUUUCCCUAUUCACUUUAUACCCCCGGGUGCUGAGGCUUUCUUGUCCUAUGGGCUAUGCAAGACAGAGAAGUUUGAAGAGAUGAACGGGGCCCCAGUAUCUGACAUAUAUGUGUAUGGCUACCUGAUCCAUACCCACUUAGCUGGGCGCUCCUUGCAAGCUGUGCAAUACAGAAAUGGAACCCAACUCCAAGUAAUAUGCAAAGAUUACUCUUAUGACUUCAAUCUGCAAGAGACUCGAGACUUACCUCGUCCUGCAGUGAUCAAGCCGGGGGAUGAGCUGCUGAUAGAAUGUAACUACCAGACACUAGAUCGUGACGCCAUGACUUUUGGAGGUGCCAGCACCAUUAAUGAGAUGUGCCUCGUCUUCUUCUUCUACUAUCCCAGAAUUAACAUCUCCAGUUGCCUGGGAUACCCAGACAUUAUCUAUGUGACCAAUGAGUUGGGGGAGGAAGCAUCCGAGAAUCCCAUGGAGAACCUGAUGGUCCUGAAUAAUGUUGAAUGGACUCCAGAGAACAUUAAGAAAGCUGAGAAAGCUUGCAAGGAGUCCCAGCAGACAGUGUUGAUCAAGACCAUUGAUGAGGAAGUAGAAAAUACAACAGGCUGGAUUCCUGAUAUUAUCCCAACUCCUCGAGGGCCGUGCUUAGAGUCCUCUGGAGGUAAAGUGGAACCUCAGGACAAGACCCCUGCAGGCUUCAGGGCUGCUCCAAUGGUCCUCUCUGGCUCCAAUACUGCUACCCUAAGGCACCUGCCCCUGGUUGCUAUCUUGUUCCUGCAGGGUACACUCUCAUGGCUCCUUGCCAUGCUGCAGACUGCGGUAUGA